AUUCAAUCGAUGCGUCCCGAAGGUUACCUAUUUCCUAAAAUCGGCUUUGUUGUCAUUAGCGCGCAGUGCAAGAGCAGGCGACUAGGCGGGGACGCAGCUCGUCUCGCGGUGAGAGCAACAAACCACAAACCGCGCGCAUCAAGUCACAUGAUAAAAAUUUGUAAAUGUUUGCUAAUCAAACAGACGCUGUUUACCUAUCUCGUUAGGAGUAAAUUAAAAACGAGUGGUUUUAUGUGCAUUGUAAUGUGCUGAGAUUGAGCUGAGCGAAGCUGAAGACACCAUGGUGCGCGCGUGGUUCAUCGAUGAAGACCCUAAGGAUCCUAGGGCGGAGCACCAUAGGACACCGCCGAAGUUCGUAAGCUUGGAGGAGUUGUACCGGACAACGGGCGUCGAGUAUUUCCAAGUGGACCCGAAAAACUUCCAACUCGACGCCACAUUCCGUAAACUGAUAGAGGAGAGAGGCAACCAAGGCAUAGAAGAAAUCGAGGACCUCGACCCGAAUGAUUUGAAAGUACUUUACGUCGAACAUUUCCACACGUAUGAUGAAUUCAGAAUCUGCCUUGAGGGGUGUGGAUACUACGACAUCCGUGACAAGUUCGACGAAUGGAUUAGGGUUGAAAUCCUGCCGGGAGAUCUGCUUGUCAUCCCCGGUGGCUGUUAUCAUCGGUUUACGGUUGAUAAAAACGUAUGUAACAAGUAUACGAGCUUGUCUAUUAAAUAUCCGAACAUUCUGAAUAGUCAGCAGCCACGCAGUUUUUUAAAUGUCUUAACGAAAGUUUCAGGGUAUCAAAAAAUCAAUUUUUCUAUGACCUCAAGUAUGACCUUAGAAAUCAUUUUUGACAGUAGAAUCCUGCAAAAUUUGAGAAUCUACAUCUUACAGCAUUUUCAUACAUCUGAUUAAGUCGUCAUACGUGGUUUGAAAAGUACACGGACACAUCGAAAACUUGACAGCCUCAGAUAUUAUUUUUUGUGUGUAAUUACUGUUAG